CGCUGUUCUCGAUCCCGAUAAAGUAUUUUUGGUUAGGUUAAUAGCUGCAUAGAGGAUAUUUAACAUGAUUUCAGUGAUUAAAUAAUUUCACAUUAUAUGAAAAUGGAUGUUACUGGAGAUUUAACACUACAAUGGGUGGAAGAGGUGGGAAAUGUGAUUCACGAAGAAGUGAUAUAUGGUUUGGAGGCACAGCUGGUUGGAGCAGAAGAAGAAGUGAUAGGAGCUUGCGAAGAAGUUGCAGUUGAAGAAACAGUAGAAUCUGUUCCAAAUGUUGCUCCUUCAACAGAAUCAGAGAUAUUAAUGGUACCACAGACCAAUGAUAUGGAAUCUAUUUACAUAGUUCCACAAGAUCAAGGUCAUGACUAUUUGAAUAUACAAGUUACAGAAGAAGUAAUUGCAGAUAGUUGGGAUAGAUCUGGUCCAGAAGAUGGGGUUGAGAUAUCAGAAACAAAAGUAUCUCAUGAAAAUUUGCUUGAAUAUGAUGACAUGGAAAUACCAUUACCAAUAGAUCUUGAUUCUUAUACAAAUAGUAGACCUUAUCCAUGUGACUUUUGUAGCAGAAGGUUUAGGAAAAAAGCAAAUUUAAUGAAUCACAUGGUGUCACAUCAGACAGAUCGUCCUCAUGGUUGUAACUUAUGUGGAGCACGUUAUGCAAGGAAAUGUGAUCUUAUGAAUCAUUUGAAAAUUCAUGCAUAUGCACCAUCUCGGGAUGGUCUAGAGGAUGAUUUAAAUGAUGAUGAUUCAUUGGCACCAGAGGAAGAAGAGUCUACUAAAGGUAGGCGUAAAAAGGUACAGUCAAGUGUACCAAGAAAGCGUAAAAACAAUUCUAUUAUUCCAAAACGAAGUAUGGAGGAUAAUAAAAUGGAAAUGGGCAAUGGUAAUUAUGCAUCGAGUUCAAGGUGGAAUGACCAAAUGUCACCUGUAUCAACUGAACCUCAAGCACCACGAUGGCCUAUAACUGAUCCAACAAAACCAUAUGUGUGUCAGUACUGUGGUGUUGGUUUUGCCAGGGAAAAGGCACUUGCAUCUCAUGCACGCAUACAUGGUGGUGAUAGUCCAUUUGAAUGUACAUCAUGUGGUGAUAUGUUUUGGGAUGUUAACAGUUUAAGAGAACAUGUUCGUAUUAAACAUGGUGGUACAAUACAAUCUGAUACAGAGGAAUAUGAUAAUGAUGCUACAUACACAGGUGAUGAGAGAUUUGGAGAAUUCUAUUGCAAUACUUGUGGUGUUCCUUUUCAUCGUUUGGAUUUACUUAAACGUCAUCAAAAAAUUCAUGUCAAACAAGAAUCUGAUAUGGUGGAAGGUCCGAGUCAACAUCAUGUUUGCAAUGUUUGUGGGGAAUGGUUUGAAGAGGCUUUGGCAUUAUUAGCACAUGCCGAACUUCAUGCUAGAUCACCUAGUCGUCGAUGUUUAUUAUGUGGCGAAAGAUGUCGUGACGAUGCUGAAGUUGCGGAACAUGUUCGGCAGAAUCAUGCCGAUGAUGCUCCACCAAACACAUGCACCCUUUGUGGAAAAACAUGUAAAGAUAAACGUAGUUUGUUAAAACAUUCAUGGGUUCACAAUGUUGAUAAAACUUUCGGAUGUACAAAGUGUGGAAAGCGUUUUCACAGCAAAGCUAGAUUACGGAGGCAUAUGGUAUCACAUCGCAAUAAGAUGGUAGCCUGUGAUGAGUGUGGAGAAGAGUUUCCUGAUGGUAGAGCUCUCGUUAGCCAUCGUUAUUCACAUAAUAAAGAUUUACGUGGUCGUUCUUUCCCAUGCCGAGAAUGUGGAAAAACAUUUGGAAGUCGCAGUUCACAGCAAAUCCAUAUUCGUAUUCAUACUGGAGAAAGACCAUAUGGCUGUAGAUUUUGUUGGAAAGCAUUUGCUGAUGGUGGUACUUUGAGAAAACAUGAACGUAUUCAUACAGGCGAGAAGCCGUAUGGAUGCGCAAUUUGUCCGCGUGCUUUCAAUCAAAGAGUUGUUCUCAGGGAACAUGUACGUGCUCAUCAUUCAGGUCCUGAUCCAAAAUGUGUAGGUAGCAUUACUCCAUACUUAUGUAAAGUAUGCGGUGAUGCAUAUGGAACGUCAGAAGAAAUAGUUGCUCAUAUCGUACAACAUUGUGACGAUAAUACUGCAUUAAGACGUCAACCACAAACUGGACCGCGUAAAUAUAAAAGAAGACGUAAAUUGAAAUCUCAUGAAACUAACACGAUGUUGCGUAUGAGUGAGCAAUAUGAUAUGAUGGAAGGUGGUACUGAUUCAGAUGACAAUACAAAAAGAAAACUUGGAAGAAAAAAUAAGCAACAUCGAUCGAACGUUGAGGAAGGUUAUCAAAAUGUUCUUAAAAGUUUCGAGAGCUCUUUACAAAAUAUAAAUUCGAUCGUUAGUAAUUCAAAGUUAAAUCCAGGAAAAUCCAAGCUCUCUAAGAAGAAGCUUAGAAAAGAAGAAAAAAAGAAUGAAGCUCAAGCUUCGUGUCAACCUGGUAGACCAAAAAUGAUUCAUACCCAAAAAACAAGAGUGCCUGUAGAAAUUGGUAGUGAUGGAGUUAAAAAGGGACAAAAGACUAAAACUAUGGUAACAAGGACUCCUAAAAUGAUGCCACAAGAACAUAAAAUAGGCGUCUUUCCGGGUGGGGAAAGAAAUAGACCAAGAACAAAGAAUGUUAGUUAUCAUAUUGAGGGGAAGCUUCAACCGGCACCCGCAACAUUCCCGAAACCAAAGGAAGAACCUCCAAGUACUCCGACAUCAAUACACCAACCAUUGCCAUUAACUAGUAUAAAAAUAGAGCCUAAUUUGCAAAAUACACAGAAUAAUAAUCAUAGAAAUAAUAAUGGUAAUAUUCUUGGCAUUAAUAAUGAAAAGAUAGAAUUAACACCUAGAAAAAAAUCAGGUGUCUUAAAAAAGAUUAAAAAGCAAAGAGAUGGAAUUAAACAAGAACCAAUGGAUAUCGAUCAAGAUGAGAUGCAAAACAAUAACAAUACAGAAAAUCCAGAUUCAGAUAGACUAAUGGAUCAUACAGUAGAUGGAAGUAAUUUAGAAGUUGCAUUCGAAGCAAGUGUUACAACUGAAGAAGAAAUUAUUCUUCCUCACGUUGACGAAAUAAAUAAUACCGAAGAUAUGGGAACUGGAAAUGUAAAACUUAGUGUAAAAGUUGAAUCGACACCUGAACGAAUGUUGGCUGUUCAUGGUGUUAUAACACCUGUGGAUGAUAUUCCAGAAACCAUAAUACCAGAUGCUGUAGAAUAUACGUGCGAAAUGUGUUCCGCAGUAUUUUCCAGCCGAGCAGAAUUGUUGGUCCAUGUUCCAAUACACAUUUGA